AUGUUAAACCCCACUACCAUAAAAUGUUUUCAGAUCGGUGACUUUGGACUCUGUCGAAAGAAAGGUUCUAGCUACCCUUGGGGAGAGCGGCCUGUAAAGUGGUCGGCGCCCGAGGUGUUGGAGAAUAAAGAAAACUUCAGCACGAAAUCCGACAUCUGGUCCUAUGGUAUCGUUCUCUGGGAGGUAUACAGUCUUGGCCUGGAACCCUUCUCUGGUAUACCUAAUAGCGAACUGAGCAAAGCGUUGAAGAAGGCCUUCGAUGAGAACAAGUGUCCACUUCAGUUCCCUGACGAUACACCUGAUGUCGUCAAGGAGGAAGCCGUCGACUUCUUCUUUACCUGCGAGAAAACCUCUACCUCCUCAAUCUUUGUCACCGUCAGAUCCUAUACCUCCUUCAUCUUUGUUGUCGAACUACUCGCUGACUGCUCCCAACCGUCAUUUAAGCGGUAA